AUCAAGUAUAGAAAUAUCAAGAAACAAGCGAUACCAAGGCUUUUACAUGUCUAAUCCAGAGCUCAAGGUUAUUCACAGACUGAUUAGAAGGGUUGGAUGUGCUUUCUACGAGGUAAAAGACCGUAUUCUUCUUGAUGCACUGUUAAAGCACUCUACACUAAGGGAUGACCAUUUAUCAAUGAUUAUGGACAUGCAAUUGAAAGAGGUUCGAAGAAUAUGUGGAGGACUUAAAGAAAAUCGAAUGAUUGAUGAAUAUCACAGCCGUAUGGAUACAAGGGAAGGAUAUUCACGGCCGUUUGGACGUACAUAUUAUUACAUUAAUUAUCGUACAACUAUAGAUGUAAUUAAGUGGAAGAUACAUAAGCUGGUUAAGACGGUUGGAGAUCGUAUGAGGAAGGAUUUUGAUACAAAAGGUUAUAUAUGUCAAGUAUGUAUGAGACAAUAUACAAGUUUAGAUGCGGUAUCUUUAGUAAGUCCAGAUGCAAUGAACUUUUUAUGUAUGGAUUGUGGGGCGGUAUUGGAUGAUAAUGAGGAAAAUUAUGAGGUCAAGGAUGAUCAGGAGAGAUUAUCACGUUUAAUGAGUCAAAUGAGUAAAAUUAUAUCUAGUUUGAAAGAAGUGGAUGAAAUUGUAGUUCCAGAAAACACUUUCAUUAUUGCAAUAGCUAAUGCUAUUCCACCUGAUUUGGACUCUAUUCCUUCAUCAGAAUAUUUGGAACCAGCACCUAUAAACACUGUUACUACAUCAACAGUAUUUCAACCAACUACACCAGAACCUUCUAUUUUAAUUGACUUUGAUAUGGAACUUAAGUCUAUGACUAAAGAUUUUGGUAAAAAAGAAAAACAAGUAUUUUCUCCAGCUGAAAAUGAUUUGCCUAUAUGGCAUUCUCAAUCUACAAUUAUGAAUGACUUUAUUGAUACAGAUAAUAUAUAUAAAAAUAUGAAUUCAGAAGAUUAUCUUGAUUUUCAGAAUACAAGUUUGAAAGAUAAUGUUUCUAAAAAAGAGAAACCAGAAGCAAUUGAAAAUGCUGUUGCUGAAUAUUAUGCUAAAUUGCGUGCAAAGAAGAAUACAGAGAUAAAAGAUGAAAUAAAAGAUGAGACAAAAGAUUUAGAUUAUGAUGAUUUUGAUAAUGAUUUUGAAGAUGUUGAUGGGUUAGAAAUAGGUAGUUUUUCAAAUGAUGAUGAUUUAGAAUUACAAAAACAUCAUUAUGAUGCAAAUGGCCUUGAAAAAUAAAGAUCAUAUUAAAAAAUACUAGUAAUAAUAGUUUUUAUUUCUUAG